AUACCAAAGCAAGAAAAUAUUUUAUAUUAUUCUUAUUUUCAAAACUUUGAAAAAUAUUCAUUUAUUGUACCUACAAACAUGGUCAAAAAUAUUAAUAUGUUGACUAUAUUUGUUAUGUUAAAUCUUAUAGGUUGUAUAAUAUACGUUAGUGGUAAUCCACAAUAUACUCGAAAAAACUGCAUCGAUGGAAUGCUUACGGACAAUUUUAUAUAUCUUUCACAGGAUGGUACCCAAUACCUGAAUAGACCUAAUUGGACUGUGCGAUCCCAAAGACAAUGCCCUACAUGCACUGACGUUGUAAAAUAUUACUUGAGUGAUCAAAUAUUAAAUCCCACGUGUGCUCCAAAUUUAUUUUGUGGACGACUUCCAGUAAAUCUAUAAAAAUAAUUAUUUUUUAUUCUAUACUUGCGAUUACUUUUAAUAAUUAUGAUGAAUGAAUGUAAGAAAAAUAGCUUUAAUAAAUUACACCUUACUAUUUUUUUUUAUAAACGUGCACAUGUAACUAACAUAUUACUUUGUAUAACUUUAAAUUUCACAAUCUAUGAAUAAAUAAAACUAAAUUUUA